CAUCUGCCCUAAAUUUCCCUUCUUUCAGUCUGAACCCCUUCCCCUUUGUCCUGUCCCUCAAAUUCCUGGUGAAGAGUCCCUGGGAACAUCCCUAAGCCAAUGUGGCUCCUUCUGCUUCCAAACCAUUCCCGUUCCAUAACUCCCGGGGGUUCUCUGGGGACUCCUUUGGAGGGUUCCUGUUAGUGCUGAGCAGACAGGUCAGCCCAGGAAUAUUUGUGCUGUGAGGAAUGGGUUGUGGAAGUCACCUGGCAGCGUUUCUGUGCUUUGACUGACCCGUAAAGAUUUUUGGGGGCGUGAAAAAAAAAAUGAAACCCGAGUGAUUAAUAGCAAAUCUUAGAGUUUACAGGCUGAGCGUGGUGCUUUGCUCUCUGUGUAAAUAAACACACUCCAAACAUCAGGGCCAACCCAGCCCCAGAGCACAGGGACAUUUGUGGGUCCCCCAAAUAAUUUUCUGCAAGUUUGAAUGAAUCCAAAAUAAAUCACCUCUGCUGUCCUUACAUCGGCUCACCUUUGGCGUCAUUUACAGGCUACAAAAUGGUCUAUUUUUUUAAAACCAGGUCUUCUCUUUGGCCACAACACUUCCCUGAGGGUUCACCUACAAUUCAGAGAAUUAUCACUGUGCCCUUUUGAGUUUUUAAGUUGGUUUUUUUGGGGGUAUAGAACCGUUCAUUUGCAAUUCCCGACUCCGGGCACCGACGGAGCCGUUCUGCGAGAAGGUGAAGAAAUCCUUCCGAGGGUUUGCUGAUGGAAAAACCCAGGAUUGCAGGUGAAUUUAGCCCCAAAAAAGCAUCCCUUUGGAGAGGCCUGGCAGCUGACACAGCCACUUAUGUAAUAGGCAGUUUCAAUUACUGAUUCGCUAAUGACUGUUUUGCCCUUGCGCAGUUUGGUCCCGGUUUCUUCAUUCCCUCCUUCCUCGCUGCCACGCUGUGCUGCCUCUUCCUCUUGUUGACAUCUGUUCCAGUUCCCAAUAGGAAAAGCUGAAGUUACUGGCUUGAUUGUCCCCAGGGAAUCGCUGGCCAGCACUGGGAGCCAGGAGGAGCCCUGCUUGCCCCGUUGCCAGAGGACAGGAACCACAAGAACUGGCUGCCUCGUUUCCCAGGAGCUUGGAAAACUGCUUGGGGAAGAUUUUGGCCUCAUUUGUGACGGAGUGAUGGUAUCUGUGAGUCCAGGAUGGUUGCAUCUUGCAUGUCCACAGAGCAAGAAGGCUUUGCUGGCGUUCUCCAACCUCUGCCAGUCCUAAUUGCCUCAGCAUUCCUACAGAUCCUGCAUCUGAGCUGGAGGAGGAUCAAAAAAACCAGCCAGCAGGGGCUCAGCAGCCUGAGAGCCUCUGAGGGGUGACAGGUCUGAAGUGGGGGCACGGCAUCCAUGAAGACCCGUGACUAAAGAAAGGAGCCCAGAGAACAGGAAGAAAGCAGCAGGGGUGUUAUCCCAGAGGGAUGACAGGAGCAGCCCCAGCCAUCUUACUCAGGAAGAAAGACACGUAGAGGAUGGAGCAGGGAGCGGCGAGGGAAGAAGGCAAGGAGGAAGGUUUGAUCGAGUUCUAUGACUCCUUCAAGGACAUGUUUGAGUUCUUCUGCAAGAACACGACCAUCCACGGCACCAUCCGCCUCGUGUGCUCCGGCAGCAACAGGAUGAAAACGGCCUUCUGGACCCUGCUGCUCCUGGCCAGCUUUGGGAUGCUCUACUGGCAGUUUGCCCUCAUGUUCAGCCAGUACUGGGCCUACCCCGUGGUCCUGACCAUGUCCAUGCACUCGGAGCCCAAGAUGUUCCCAGCAAUCACCAUCUGCAACCUGGAUCCCUACAGGUUUGAGCUGGUCAGUGAGCACUUGGUGCAGCUGGAUCGCAUGGCAGAGGAGUCCAUCACCUUCCUGUAUGGCAUCAACACCUCAGCCAGGUUAUUCCACAUGAAUGAUGGGAAUAUCCGUGUCAAGGACUUGUCCAGCAUGGGGAACCUCAGCAGGUCGAGCUUCAAGCUGAGCCAAAACUUCUCCCUCCUGAGAACGACCGACCUGAGGUCAGGGAAGAAACAUUCCAGUGUGGGCUUCAGGCUGUGCAAUGCCACGGGUGGGAAUUGCUUCUACAAGACCUAUUCCUCGGGGAUGGAUGCAAUCCUUGAGUGGUACAGGUUCCACUACAUGAAUAUCAUGUCCCAGCUGCCAGUUAUAAUCAACAUUUCUGACCACGAGGAGCAAAUAGAAGACAUGGUCUACUCCUGCCAGUACGAUGGGGAGCCCUGCAGACCCAGUGACUAUGUCCACUUUCACCACCCUGUCUUUGGGAGCUGCUACACUUUUAACAGCAAGGGGACAGACCCUUUUUGGACAGCUACAAAGCCAGGAAUUCCUUAUGGCCUUUCCCUGAUCCUGAGGGCGGAGCAGAAGGAUCACAUCCCGCUGCUGUCCACGGUGGCGGGAGUGAAGGUGAUGAUCCACAACCACAACCAGACCCCCUUCCUCGAGCACGAAGGCUUUGACAUCAGACCAGGCAUUGCCACCACCAUUGGCAUCCAGCAGGAUGAGGUGAAUCGCCUGGGUGGCAAUUAUGGGAAGUGCACAACUAAUGGGGAUGAUGUGGAUGUGAAGCUGCUGUACAACAACUCCUACACCCUGCAGGCUUGUUUGCAUUCCUGCUUCCAGCACAUCAUGGUUCAGAAGUGUGGCUGUGGCUAUUACUACUACCCCCUGCCCCCUGGGGCUGAGUACUGUGACUACAACAAGCAGCCUGCCUGGGGGCACUGCUUUUACCAGCUCUACAACAGGCUCAGAAAUCACCACCUGAACUGCUUCGACCAGUGCCCCAAGCCCUGCAGGGAAUCCCUGUACAAGGUGUCUGCUGGGACAGCAAAGUGGCCAUCAGCAAAAUCUCAGGACUGGGUCCGCCAGGCUCUGAGGCACCAGAAUGGAUAUAAUUCCACCAGCAACAGGAGGGACAUUGCCAAGGUGACCAUCUUCUACCAGCAGCUCAACUACCAGUCUGUGAACGAGUCUCCUCUGCUCUCAGAGAACCUGCUGCUGUCCAGCAUGGGGAGCCAGUGGAGCCUCUGGUUUGGCUCCUCAGUGCUGUCUGUGGUUGAGAUGUUCGAGCUGCUCAUCGACACCCUGGUCCUGUCUCUCCUCUUCUGCUACCAAAGGCUCAGGUCCAAGAAGACCCUGAGAGUGGCUCACACUGCCACUGUCCCCAGCGUGAGCCUGGCCCUGGAGAACUACAGAGUUGUGCAGGAAGAGGCUGGGAAAGGGGAGGAUUCUGCUCAGGGUCCCCCCUCUGGGGUGGCUGUUGCCAGGGCCAGCAGUGGGGACCUGCACCUUCACCCUCCCUCCAGCAAGGUGGGAAUGGCUGAGAGCUGCCCUGAGGUGGUGCUGGGGGGGUUUAGGGACACACAGGACAGCAGUUUGGGAGGGGAACUGAAAAGCUGAGGGGGUGUCUGUGUGCCUGGAGAAGUGGGAGACUGGGAACUCCUCUGCUGCUGCCAGGAAGGUGCCAAACAGAGACAUCCUGGAUCCACGGCCUGGGAGAGCCUCCACACCUCCCUGAGCCUGGAAAUCCUCCUCCAGCUGCUGCAGGUUCCCUGCUAACCCAUCCAUGUGUCCUGGAGCCAGGGUUAGUGGAUCCUGAGGAGCCUCUGGGGAGGGCAGAGCUGCACUUCUGCUCUUGGGGCAGUCCUUGAGUUCCCUCACAAAAGCCUGUUCACAACUCCUAAUUUAUGAACCCCUGUGAGGAAACCAGCCUGUGGCUUCAGGCAGGCCCACCUACAUUUCACAGACGUGCUCCAGCCUGGCUGUUCAUGGAAAGAAUUCCAGUGGAGGCCAAGGAUUGCCUGGUCCAGUGGAAGGUGCCCCUGCCCGUGGCAGGGGGUGGGAAGGAGAUGAGCUUUGAGGUCCCUUCCAGCCCAAACCAUUCCAUGAUUCCAUGAUUCACAUCCAGGGGUGUCACAGACAGAGCUUGUAACAGGCUCUGAUUCCAGCUUGGCUUCCAAGACACCUCCUGUCCUGAGCCUGUUCCUGUUGCAUUUUGAGGCCAAGGCACAGGAUGCUGCUGCUGAGAUGCUUUUAGACUCACCCCAGAUGAUUUCAAACGAGACUGGCUCUACCUCAGAGGGCAAAGGAAGAGAAGAACUGGGGUUGAUACCCUUUUCAGGUGAAAAAGCAUCUGAUUUCUGUAGAAGGUUAAACAGUGCUGCGUUUUUGUUGCAGUCCAUUUAUAAACAGAGAUGGUUUCAUGUUAAUAUUUGACAGUAACUUAUAUGUACAUAAAAUAACACGUUUAUUUUUGAUGCUGACGUUUGCACAGGAGCAUUUUACUCUGUUAUAACCUUGUUUGUGACUUUCUGCAGAAAACAAGAGUUAACAAGAAAUCCACGAGCUUUGUUUUGUAACUUUUUUUAAA